AUGCAAGGACGACACGAAGCAUUUAUUUGCCCUAGAUGUCCUGAUUCUGAGCGGCACGAAAACUAUCCUGCAAUGAUGAAAACAACCAAUCGUCUUUAUCAACCACAAGUUCUACAGGCUAGUCGAAAACAUCUUGCACGUUUUUCAUUAUUUUCACAUUAUGACUGUCGAACUAUUAUAUCUCGGAUCAGCGAAUCUAUUUGGAAUAUUACCGAUCUCAAUGAACGACAACGAGUAAAACAGGUUUUACGAAAAAACUGGUUUCUUUUCACCGAACCCGUAGAAAUAACAAAAGUUGAAAAACUACUUCAUCGACAACGAAGCCAAUAUGAGUAUCGACUUCGCCAAGAACGCAUUCAUCUCGAAUCAUUUCAUUUCGAACAGACUGAUUUGGUUGACACGCAUUCAGUACACACUUUCAUGCCCGACGAAUCAACUACAUCUAACUUAGCAUGGUCUGAUGGUACUGAGUCAUGGCAUAUUCACGAGAUCACACCUCAACGUGAAUCGUUUGCUCGAACAUCUUGUGUAGAAGUUAUGAAUUCAUCAUCACAAGAAGCAAAUUUAUCAUUAAGUCGUUCUGAACCACAAUUCGAAUCUCAUAUCAAUGAUCUAUCAUUCCGGCACGCUCCCGAAACCGCAUCACAACGCCUGUUGUUUGUACACGCAUCUUGCUCGGCAAAGCUGAGCAAUGAACUAACUACCGUUUAUUUUAUCGAACACCAACAACCGCAUUGCAGUAUCCAACCAGAACCACACGUUAGUCGACAAGAUUUCAUAAUGUAUGGUUAUCAGCAUCUGUUAUUUCUCUUGAAGAGCACAUGGGCUCCUCUCUUAUGGUUAAUUUGGCUCUUUGACACACCGAAAGAAUGCUUUGGAAACUUCUCGAUACUGAAUUUAACCAAGUCUAAAACCUACAGUUAUGUGUCUAUUUGGUCCUUUCACGUUAAUACAUUCUUAAUUCAUUACUCAACGUUCAUGAUUAAUUUCAAUCCAUUCGUUAAAACGAUCGUUACUCUUCGCACUCUUGAAUCGUUAUUACUUUACGCUACUACAUGCUGA